AUGUCUCGCCUUGAUUAUCGAUCAAAACAUAAUUGGUUGCGCCGUCUACCAACAGUGCGCAGUGGUUUAUUACUUCUUUGUAUCGAAGGCUCUGGCUUGUCAUUAUCAAUGUCUAAGAAAUUUAAGGAAACAAUCAUUCAGAUUAAUGAUCUUCAUAAAUAUCAUAUGAUUUGUUAUACAAGUACGUCGAAAUGUAUUCGCUAUUUAAAAGAAGCGCGAAUAUAUGAACGGAUUAUUAUUAUUAUGGUCAUUAAUAAAAUUGCUACAGAAAACAUUUCUCAAUUCGCUAAAUAUCAUCAAAUAAAGUCCAUUCUCGUGGUUUCUCCCGAUAAUAAUAACAAUGAAUAUACUCCAAGCGAAACUAUUGCAGAAACCUAUGUAUUCAGUGAUCAUGAAACAAUGUUUGCCAAGCUUCAAUUUCUAACAGACGAAGAUCAACAAGCUGUCGAAAAAAACAUCUUCAAUACAUUCAAUCCCGAUGGGAGAUCUCUGAGAGAUGUUCGUCAAUAUAUUGGUCCGUUUGUAUGGAGCCAUGCAUACAUAGCUAUUAUCAUGUCAAUGUCUUGUAAUACGCAGUGCGCUAAGCGACAAAUGCUCGCCGAGUUUCGAAGGCAUCCAGCUUAUUGUAAAAAUAAUGCUCAAUUAGCGAAAAUCUCUGAGUUCGAACGCAACUACCGUUCUGCGGAUGCUAUUCGCUGGUAUACAAAGGACUCAUUUUUACACACCAUGAUUAAUGAAGCUUUGCGUACUGAAGAUCCUCGAGUUUUAUAUAUUUAUCGCUUCUAUAUUAGUGACCUUUGUAAACGUCUCGAAGAAACUUCUGCACUGAAUAGAGGAUGUCAAAAAUCAUCGUUUCGUGUUUAUCGCGGCACUACCAUUGAUCGAGAUGAGAUCGAAAAGUUUUGUGUUGGCAUGUUGGUUGGAAGCAACGGAUUUUUGUCAUCAUCACGUAGUUCAGAGGUUGCAAAAAUGUUUAUGGGUCUUGAUCAAAUUACUGGGAUGUCCCCAUCUCAAAGUCAGACCAACAAACAACAAUAUGUGUUAUUUGAGAUCGUUAUUGAUCCGGAUCAGACAAUUGAUCUCAUGAUGGCUGAUGUUUCGGAGCAGAGCAACUAUCCAGAAGAGCAAGAAGUACUGUUCGGGCUUGGCACCACUUUUAUAAUUAAGCAAAUUAAGCAUGAUAACCAACAUAAUGUGUGGCAUGUUGAAAUGACUGGGUCUUCGGAAAUGGGUGAACUCAAAAAAGAACAUACAAAACAUGUCGAGAAUGGUCUUCGUUAUUAUGAUGCCACAACAUUGUUUGGCGUCUUUUUGAGUGGAGUGUCGAGUAAUUACCCGGUGGCAAUAAACUAUUUGCAAAGCCGUCUACGUAACAUGACAUUCAACGAUCCAUAUCGUGCAAGUAUUUACUAUUCCUUAGCGCGUGUCUAUCGUCAUCUAGGUAAACUUCAACAUUCUAUUGAGUACUUUCGUCGUGCUAUGCUGCUCCGAAAACGAUCACUUCCACAGUCAUGUUAUGCCUACGCUGACACUCUAGCUGAUCUUGCAGUUACUUAUUCGCAGGUGAACAACACAGCGAAGGCUGUGAGUCUUCACGAACAGGCUAUAACUCUAUUUCGUAGAAUUUUGCCACCCAAUCAUAUUGAUAUGCCUCUGUAUUACACUCAACUCGCUUACUCCUACUGGCAAGAAAAACAGUACGAGAAGGCACAUAGCCUGCUUUUGGCUGCAUUAUCAAUUCUUAAAGAAGAUAAGACUUCUAAGUUUUCUGGUAUUACUUUCACAAUGCAUACAAUGGGUCUAGUGAAAUAUGCAAUGAGCCAGCGAGAAGCGGCAGUCAGUUAUUUGAAGGAAGCACUCGAGCUACGUCGAAAAUUCUAUGCUGAUGACCAUCCUAGCGUUGCUCAAGCAUGCUACAGUUUGGCUCUCAUUUAUAUGGAUAACGGUGAUAAACAAGUGGCACUAGAUUACGCUCAAACAGCACUGACUAUUUAUCAAACGAAACUACCAAAAGACCAUAGUGAUUUGAAAAAAUCAACUGAGCUUGUCGAACGAAUUUUGUCAUCUUGA